ACAGAAUAAAUAAAUAAAUAAUAAAUAAACAAAAACGUUUAUAUUCGGCCCUCGCCGAACGACAGCGGAGCCAUGGAUUGGUUAAAAUUGUUCACUCUUCUUGUAGCUGUUGUUUUCGCAUCAGUACACGCAGAAGGACCCAAGAAAAAGAUUCGCAUACAUCUACCACAGAAAGUGAAGCAUAUACACCACCAUAAGAAGAUUUAUAUCACGAACCACCCUGCAUCCUCGCAAUAUGCACCGGCGUACAUGUCGAGCGGCGAGGGGACAGUCGCGGUACCGUCGAAUAUACUGCCAGCUGUGGCAAAUAUAGUGCCUUUCAACUCGGUAAAUCUCUAUGACGAGCAAUCACGACUACCUAGCAACUCUCCAGGCUCAUCUCAACUAUUACCCCUAUAUCACGCUCGAGGAUACUAUGGGCCGACACCUAACGAAAUAGAAGAAGUAGAUUACGACGCUGAACCUGUGGAGUACGGCCCGUCGUUAUAUCAACCUUCACUGACCCAUUCUGGCCAUGCUCCAAAGAGAUUAAAAAUUAUUAAAUUAAAUGAACCGCCUCAUAAAAAAGUUGUAAGAAAAGGUAAACCUAAAAGAGUUGUCGUACGUAAACCUCAAAGUCACAGUUCCAUCGAAGGAGAACUUCCGGUUACGACUUUUCAUGAACAGUUCUAUUCAGACGUCGAUGGCUCGGGUACAGUAAGAAAAGUAAAGAAACCGCCACGAAUCGAAAAAAUUGUAGAUGGAGAUACUGAACAUAUUCACACCUAUAGUGAAGAGCACAUACAUAAACUAUUUUACGACCAAGGAGCAAAAGUAGCAGGCGUUGUAGGGGUUAACCCUUUGACUGGAAUGUCAUCAAUAGCCUCACCACAGCACAUAAUUCCAUUUAAAGGCGGUACGACUUUAGUAGCCUUGCCAUCUCAUCAAUUUGCUGGUCUAGCAGCCGUCGGCGGAGUUGCAAACACAAACAACUUUGAGUAUGCCGCGUAUAAUCCACGUGACGUCACGCAUGACCACAUAUUCCACGACCAUGGUGAAAUUCCCACCGAACUUGAAUUAAAUAAAGAGAGUCUGGCCUUGCCUCCAAAAGUUUCAUAUAAUAGUCAAGGUCUUAGAAUCAGUGGCACUCAGAAAAAGUAUAAAAAUAAAAAUUCACAGAAAGUUAAGAAACUUGCCAAACCAGUACCUACUGACUUCUCUUACUACGAAAGUAUUUAUACACCUAAUAGUAGACCAAGAAAGAUUCCAAGACCUACCGUACCAACGUAUGAUACUACAGGUGAAGCAGUCUUAGAUGAUUAUCGGCCUAUUCCGAAUUUUGGAUACAAAGAAAUUCAUAAAAAGCCUCGUAAUCAAUUACCCUCAUACUAUGGCAAGUCAAAUGAUUUCCACUCAGAACAAGCCAGUGUGCCAACCCCUUUUGAGAUCUCAAAUACAGUUUUACACGAAUAUAAACCGAAGAGAUAUCAAGGAGCCGGUUCUUCACCUGAAAGCUUAACAAAGUUCCGAGAUCCUUUUGCAAAUUUUAAGGAUACUUAUACUAAUAAUUUUGAGUACGACACUUACGCAUCUUCAUCAAACACAUAUAGAUCGGAAGAUAAAAAUGACUCAGGAUAUGAUCAUCACGGGAAGAACGGAAAAAAGAAAUCAAUUUCAACUCAGAAUAUAAGCUUUGGAGGACAGGAUCAAAUAACAUGGAACGUGGAUCACACGGCAGAUGCUGGUAAUAUAGAUGACGAUAAUGUUCCCACCGCAUUAGAUAUGGAUCAAUUUGAUCAAGAUCAAAGCAACUCAGUUCAGAAAGAUCCAGCUCAAAUCGAGCAAUUUUUUUCGUUAUUGGCAGGAAGAGAUUUAAACGCUGACCAAAUAACUAUGCCUGAUGCAUCCAACAAUAACUAUCAGUACGCCGAAGCACCAACAGCUCCGACCACAGCGCAUGCAUCUGCUACAACCGUUCCAAACUUUAAAAUGGAAAGUACAGAGGCACCUCCCAAUGAAUCUGCAAGGACCACAGAAGCAAGAAAGAGUCGUAGAAAUAAUGAAACGGAACCAAAAAACAAAGAUCACAAUCGAAGUAGAUCUUCACAGAACCAGAGUUCUAGUCGAUCUCAUGAACAAGAUAAUACAGUAGGGAAACUCAAAUAUGGUGAUAAAAUUUGAACUGUCAAUAAAGUUUAAUAAUUAGGACUAGGAU